UUUUAUCAUUAUCAUUAUGCUAAGGCAAAUUCCAAAUUCAUUAAAAACAGUUCCAGAAGAUUUUGCAAGAUUGCACUUAUACUUGCAUAAGAAGUGCGUCCAUUAUUUAACGCGACAAUAUUCAAGAUUACCACACACACACAUAAAAAACGAAAAAUUUAGCAGACGUCCUUCAAAUACAAGUACUCAAGGUACUGUACUGUACGUUUUGAUUGCCGUUUUGGUGGUACUAAUUACGCGUUUGGUUAUUAGACGCAUUGUUUUCGAGAGGAAAUUGCGAUGGGUGAAAGCCGUGCCUGCGGUACCGUUUAUUGGAAAUGCUUGGGAGUUCGCUGAUUCAACUAAAUCCCUAUCAGCAAUGCAAAAAUACGCCCUCAAAUACAACGGCCUCUACUUCGUCGAACUCCUUUUUAGGCCCAUUAUAAUAAUAACAGAUUACAAACUAGUAGAAUGGCUUUUGUUAGGAAAUACCAUCCUAAACAAAUCAAGUGACUACCAGUUUUUAUACAAUUGGCUACAAGGUGGACUGUUAAUUUCCGAUGGCGACGACAAAUGGAAAAUGGCCCGAAAAAUUAUAACUCCUGCUUUUCAUUUUAAAAUUUUGGAAAAAUUCGUCGAUCAAUUUGAAGAAUCUUCCGCUGUGUUUAUUGAUAUUUUAGGCCGGGAGGUUGGGAAAGAUUCUGUUGAUGUUCAUGAUUUGGUUAGUAAUUUGGCUUUGGAUGUUAUUUGUCAAACUGCCAUGGGAAUUCAGCUAAACAUUCAGAGCGGCUCUCACGAUGAAUACAGAAAAGCAGUUUCAGGCAUGUGCAAAAUUGUAGUAGAAAGAGCCUUUAAUCCAUUGAAAACGGAAAAUUGGUCUUAUUACUUCAGCAAAGAUUAUCAAAACGAGAAACAGUACGUUAAGAUAUUGCACGAAGUAUCUGAUGGUGUUAUAGAAAAACGUCGCAGGGAAAUUGAAAAUGAAGCAAAUAAUGAUAUACGAAAAGGGAAAAUGGCCUUUUUGGAUUUGCUUUUGAGAUACAGAGAUGCCAAUGGAGAACCUUUGAGCCAUGAUUUUAUCAGGCACGAAGUGGAUACUUUUAUGUUUGCAGGUCAUGAUACAACAGCUGCAGCUAUAAGUUUCGCCUUGUACAGCUUAGCCAACAAUCCAGAAAUCCAGGAAAAAGCAUUAAACGAAAUAAGAGAAGUCGUUGACGAUGGAACUCAAAUAACUUAUCGUGAUUUGCAAGAGCUCAAAUAUCUGGAGCUGGUAAUCAAGGAAACUUUAAGACUGUACCCUUCGGUGCCUAUGUAUUCAAGGCGUACUACUCAAGAUGUUGUUUAUGAAGAUGGUAAAAUCAUCCCAAAAGGUAUUACAUUGCUAAUUUUGGCUUACGCAAUCAACAGAAAUCCGGAAGUAUAUGAAAAUCCUGACCAAUUUAUUCCUACAAGAUUUCUGGAUGGUCACAUUAAGCCUUUUGCUUAUUUACCUUUCAGUGCAGGGCCAAGAAAUUGUAUAGGUCAGAAAUUUGCAAUGUUGGAAAUGAAAAGUAUUCUAGCGAAGGUUUUACUGAAUUUUGAACUUUUGCCAGCGAUUCCCAAUGUUGAUUUGAUUUUGGCUGCUGAAACUGUGUUGAUUUCCAAAAACGGUGUUAAUAUAAGGCUGAAAAAAAGACUGGAGACAGAUUUAUAGAUAUUUUUUAAACCCUAUUUUUAGUUUUGUAUUUUUAUCAAUUUUUUGUGUGAUGUGCUCAAGUAUUUUUGACGAUAUUUUUUGUACUUUCAAUGUUAUACCUAUGAAUUAAUUGUAUUAUAUUAAUUGACUCGCUCCAAACCAUAAUUAAAAUUUACUUUAUACCAUUAGCUUUUCAUAUGGGCGAAUGUUCUCAGAAUAAUC